GUUUGCUGUCUAUGAGCGACAGUUUUUUCAGCCCUACCCCGCAAUCGUUAACGUUUUAUAAUGCCUCUCUGUCUGUCUCUGUCUCUGUCUCUCCCUUUCUCUCUCCGCGUUCCCUGUAGAAGCCAAACCAAAGAGAAAGCUCUAGCUCUAGCUCUCGCUCUAGCUCUCCCUCUCCCUCGCUCUUGCUCUCCGAAGAAUUGAGGCUUCUCCGAUCAAUAUAUGGAGAGUAUACGGAGGCAAGCGAGCAAGCUCAGGGAGCAAGUUGCCAAGCAACAGCAGAUAGUGUUGAGACAAUUGGGACAUUUCAGUCAUGAAGCAGUCAUGGUUGACGAAGCCGAGCUUCAAUGUCACCAACAACUUCAGAAUUUGUACAAUUCUACUAAGGCAGCUAAGAAUUUUCAGCGGAAUAUUAUUCGUGGAAUUGAAGCCUUUGUUUCUUUGAGCUUAAAGCAAAUGGGGAUAGUAAGGAAGUUGGCUCAAGAUUGUUGUAAAUAUGGAGAUGAGAAUCAAAGCACUAGUUCUCCUCUUGCGAGAGCUUCACUUCAGUUUGGUACAUCACAUAUAUCAAUUGAGGAGGAAAGGGAGACUUUGCUUGGGAUCCUUCGUGAUCAGGUGUCUGAGCCACUACAUGCACAAAUAACAGGAGCUCCUCUGGAAGAUGCUCGCCACUUGACACGCCGUUAUGAUAAAUCGUGGCAAGGAGUUGAAACCCAGGCAGCUGAAGUAUUGAGACGUCAAUUGAAGUCUACGGAUUCCUCAAUUUCUGGUGAGAGCUUGAUGAGGCUUGAGCAUGCAGAAGCAAGACUGACUGAGCUAAAAUCUAUAAUGAUGGCACUUGGGAAAGAAGCAACUGCUGCCAUGUUGUCAGUUGAGGGCCAGCAACAACAACUAACUUUUCAGAAGCUUCUUACCAUGGUGGAUGCUGAGAGAACCUAUCAUCAAAAGGCUCUUGCUAUUUUGGAGAAGCUGAAUGCUGAGAUGAUACUGGAGAAGCCACCAAAAGAGUUCUCAUUACCAUCAGAGAGAAUGCAGAGAGAUGUGUAUGAUCAGCAUGUGCGUGAACGUAUCAAAUCAACUGGAUCUAGUAAUCAUGGACCGAUUGUUCAAAAUGAAAAGUUCUUUAAUGCAAAGGCUAUACAUUCCUUUGAUGCUCAAGCAGAUGGGGAGUUAAGCCUGUCAGUGAAUGAUUAUGUUGUUGUUCACCAGGUGGCCCCUAAUGGAUGGUCCGAAGGAGAAUGCAACGGCAAGGUGGGAUGGUUUCCCUCUGCUUAUGUAGAAAGGCAAGAGAAAGCACCAGCUAGCAAGGUAAUGGAAGCAAGCUCAAAAUCAUCAUAAGGUUACUCUUGAUAUAUAAAUAAAGAGUACAACAACUGUACAUUCUUUUCUUCUGUAUUAAAGUUCCAUUUUGAUGCAAGACUUAGCCGGAAUGUUUGUAAUUAUUUCUAAUGUUUCUAGGAAGCUAAGUUUCAAUAUUUGGAUCUAUAUGCAGUAAAUCUGGUUUCCACUGCUUACAUAGUUAUCAUCUUUCUCUCUAUUUGUUCUCUAGCAGCAGGGAUCAACAAAGUUGUACUUGCUGAAUUUUGGACAGUUCAGUAUAGUUAAGGUUUUGGAUAUGCAGUAAAUCUAUGCUUAUAUAGG